CCUACACUCACACCUCGUACUUCAGCGAUACCCUUCCCUUUCCCUCCAACAAACAUAUAAAGUACUGAACCGUGCCGCGCCGUGCGAAUGCUCUAUCACGCUUUGCGACUCGCCUGCAUAACCGUUUCCUCGUUCAAGACAUGGAAAGCCGUGGUUGACUCGAGCAACAGGGCUGUUGCACGGAGGUACAUGUUCCUCUGGUUUCUGACCCUGACCGGACUCUCACUCGAGCCUAUCGUUGACUCGCUUUUGGGCCAUUGGAUUCCGAUGUACGAGGGCCUCAAGAUCACUGUCGCAGGGUGGCUACUUUUGGCACACUUUUAUCUAGCAAAGCCCAUAAGCUCCGAUGCCGCUGAUACGUACUGUACACUACAGGACCACAGUCCACAUCUCAUUCGAACACAAAGCACCCUCAGCGCGGUCUCCGCUGGCAGCCAGAGAUCGUAUCAAACAGCUGCAUCGAGGCAAUUGCAUGGCCAGCAGCGGUCAACUCCUACCUUGAGGGAAAAUGGAACGAUCUCCUCCGCUUCAAAUCUGGAUUUUGGGCGGUUCAAGAGGGACCUCGAGCGGAGACGGACGUCCCAUUCUGUCCACUCUGCAACAGCGUAUGCCCUCAAUCACAGCCCAGUAAUCAGCAAAUCGCAGAUCAAUGCAGCAGAUUUCUACCCAACAAUCUCGGCUUCCGCGUUAGCCAACCCGUUCCAUGUACCAGCAAAAUCCACAGUAGACAACAGAACCACAUUUGGUCUCGCCGGUGCAAAAGCCGCUACAGAGGCAAUAACGGCCCUUGGCAAUAGAGUCCCUCCUGUCGAUACCUUUCAGUUUGGAGAAACAUCAGCUAGUCGAAAAAGAUCUCUUUCGGCAGUGUCAUCCCACAUCAAAACUCAAAGAUCAACCACCGGGCAGAGUUCUCGACGUCGAAAUUCGGAUCAAUCCUUUCGCCCGACUGCCGACCCUGCCGAUACACUGGCAUCCAACUCUAGGAUGACCAAGCGGCUAAAGCAGCUACUCAGGGAAGAGCAGGUCGAUGAAACUACGCACGGGGAAGCUACCUCACAGGAUGGACUACUAAUGCCUUUGCAAACGAUCGAAAAGAAACAACACAACGCACACGGGGAUAUAUCAGCUCAACCAACGACCUUCAUCAGAUCAAAGCCGCCAGGAAGGAACCGCAAGAAGCUACUUUCACACCCCCGGACAUUAACUGUAUUACAUAAUGCGCCUCUGCAACAACAGAACAGCGCAGACAAACGAAAGCUUGUCGGCGCCUUAUCUCCUUUGAUGGUCGGUCAAGCUGAUAAGCGGAAAUCAAGGGCUGGAGCAGCCAGUUUUGAUUCACGGAUGAAGAAUGUCCGGGACUGGCUCAAGGAACGGAAUCCAUCGAUGAUCUCCCCCCCACUCAGCGCAAACUCGGAGCUUUCAAUAGCCACCAUCACUCGCGCUAAUAGACAGUCUUCGACAAUCUUGUCUCCAAAGAUGGUGGGAAGCACUGGCGAAAUAGAUGGACUUCACAAGCCCCACAAGCGAAAAGCAUUUCGACAGCUCGCACCAUCAAUGGGCUCCAAGAAGCUGGCAAGGAAUGAGGGAGAGAACUGUAGAAGAGGCGCAGAACAAGGUGGAACAUAUCCGCCAUCGCAUGAAACAAUCGUCUCAAUCCCCCGACCACAGCUGAUUUCGCAUUCAUCCGAACUUUCAGGAACCCUACACCGUGAAUACACCAACAAAAGUGCCGUAAACAGUAGUGAUAGCAACAACAUCUAUACCAAGGCUCAUGACCCAUUACGCGACCAGCCUGAAACAGACUCUUUCUUCCCGCCUGUCAACUGGAGUCGAUUUCAGCAGCAAGACAGAGCUCGACCUCAUACCCGUCCCCCACCCUCAGUAGUAGAUGCGGAUGCUCUUCCUUCAUCAGAAUUUACCUUUAGAAUGACUCCAACGCAGAUAUCGAACCAAGCCUUUACGCGUACCAUCGGCGGUCGUGAUGCCGACGGCGUCGCUAUCUCCCCAUUGAUUAGGCUCCGGCAAUCCCAGCUCAAACAGCGUCAGCAGGAAGACUUUUUGGGCAUCAAGGCGGAUAAAAACUCUUCUUCAAGGCGUGCUGCCGAGAGCGGAGGUCUUACAUUCAAUGAGACGCUAGAGGCAUGGGAGAGGGAGGACGACGAAGAGUUGGCCAGGAAUGCAGCUCGUGAGGAAGCAGAAAUGGAAGCGUUAGGGCAGCACCAGGAUGGAUUCCUGUCAUCAUCAUCUCUGGAAGAAGAUCGAAAGGUUAAUCCAGUUGCCAGCAACACUUCAGCCUCUAGUUUACUCAGGACUGUGCCAUUCAAUGGUGAAUCCUCAAGGCGGCCCGAGCCAAGCUUUAAUUCAAUGAAGCCGCUUCAGGAACCAGCAGCCAAAGACUCUGGAGACGCCGUAGCGAAGACCUUGCCAUCGUCACUGGACCGGCAGCCGUUUAAUAUUCAUGGCUUCUCUAGCAGUCUUGGCAGGCCUGAUGAUCGACAUAGUGUUUUGGUCGCCUCUGAAUCGGCUCCUGAACCUCGGUUGUUCUCGAGCACUAGCCAAAAGGAAGAUACCUACAAUCGCCGUCAAAAGCGUCCAGGAUUAUACACACCCAGCAAAAAAAAUCGGACAUUCGAUGCCACUACGCUGUUGGAUCGUGUCCCACCGCAAUCGCCCCAAACAUCCACGCCCACCGUCAUGAACAGAUACAUCCAGCUCUCCUCAUUAUCGGACGAGGAGUGCACUUAGUUCAUACCAAUGCAUUUUUUCUGUACUCAAUAAUAACAAUGACAGUGACAAUGGCAA